UUAUUCCAUCUCCCCGUUUUUUGCUCGUUUCAGGCAUUUGGCCACGUAAGUGGUUGCCACAUCAACCCGGCGGUCACAAUUGGCCUGAUGAUUACGGCCGAUAUCAGCAUACUGAAGGGAGCCUUCUACAUCGUAUCACAGUGUGUGGGAGCAAUCGCUGGUGCUGCUCUUAUUAAGGCGGCCACUCCAUCGGAUGUCAUCGGAGGACUGGGAGUUACUGGCAUCGACCCACGACUUACCGCCGGCCAGGGCGUGAUGAUUGAGGCUCUUAUCACCUUCAUUCUGGUGUUUGUCGUCCAUGGCGUUUGUGACAAUCGUCGCUCGGACAUCAAAGGAUCUGCUCCGUUGGCCAUCGGGCUGUCCAUCACUGCCGGUCAUUUGAGCGCGAUUAAAUAUACCGGCGCUAGCAUGAAUCCAGCUCGCUCUUUCGGACCAGCCGUCGUUAUGGGUAACUGGACUGAUCAGUGGGUCUACUGGGUUGGUCCGAUCGUCGGAGGUAUCCUGGCCGGUGCUGUCUAUCGUCUGUUCUUCAAAGUAAGAAAAGAUGAACACUAACAAAGUAGGACAAGUGACUAACGACGUUCAGUACAUAUAGUCGCAGGCUAGCCCAUCUCCUACCUAUGUAAUAGCCGAUAACACCAUAAGCUACCUUAUGUGAUUCUCCAUCUUGAGCCUAUCAUACAUCGGCCACUACCAUGCAAAAGUUCAAAACCAAUCUGCCAUGUGGGGACUAAACGUACUAACAAACGACUGUGUGCAUGUUUGGAUUGUUGAGGCAAACAUUUAACACAACCGGCAUCAGAAAGGAGAAGCGAUUGCAGUGCUUGAACGAAUUCCACCAAAUCGAUAAACAUAAUAAACACGAAACGCCAAAUCCGAGCAGAAAGAUAUUUAAAACUGUUUUUCACAUAUAUGAUAAGCAUGUUUAUGUAAUGGAACAAAACUAGAUCUUAUACAUUUGCACAACACAUCAAACAGCAGGCUUCCUUGCAUUAUCGGAUAAAUUUAGUACAAUUCAAACUUUAUACAAAAAAAUAUCAUUGGUGCCUUACUUUGUAGAGUAAACUCUAUUUACAGUCUAUACAUUUCACACUUGCAAACAUUUCUCGUCAAUGAUGCACGAUCCAUCGAUUCUGAAACCAAAUAAGAAAGCGACUUUUUUCUGCACAAAUCAUCUACUAAUAGCCACUAUAUGGAAUAAGAUCUGCUAUCCCCAGUUCUUGGCUCUUGUACAGUUCCUCCCUGCCCUAAGAAAACCACUUACUUCUCGUGUACAUACAUCCUUCUAACAAACCAAACCAAACUUCCUCCUACACUACACUGUUAUGCUUAGGCUAAUAUUUAUGGUGCUGGGUUGAACAUAAAUAGAAAUCGAUAGAAUUUUAACCGUUUUGUCGAGAUCACGGGUUAAUCAUAUUGAACUCUCUUCUGGCGCUUCCCUUUGUCUGUCAAAAUCCUUUCCUUUUUUCGAACCACACUAACGACCAGAAAAUCUGAAAUUGUUAACUUGUCAUCUCCCACGCACUCCAAUCGAAGAAAAGUGCUUUUAGGAUUUAGUUUUGUUAGAUUAUAAGCGAAUGAUUUAAAUUGUUAUCUUAAAAAUGUUAUUAUAUUUUGUUCCAUCACCUAUUUAAAUCUCUUACAAAACUGUGGAAUCGAACGGCUUCUAUUGUACUUGUUUUAAUUGUAAGCUGAGAUUGGCCGUGAGCAAUUAGUAAACACAAAGAGCUUGUUAUCUGUGUUGCAACAUAUGCAUUGCCCGAAGCAUAUUGUAACAUAUGCAUCGCCCGAAGCAUAUUGUGGAGGUAGCCUUCCUAACAAUCCCUCCAGACUGACUGAUCAACUCCGCCAUCACCCAGGAAACUUGCUCUAAUUGAUGCAGUGUUUGUGACGAAUGAGCAAACUCAGCAUCAAUCAAGGCAACUUUCUGAGGACUGUUGUAAGUUUUUCUGAAUAGUUUGGGUAGUGUGUAUAGAAGGUUAACCUAAGGAGUGCUACAUAAUACAAAAUUGCAAGGCCAAGCAAGUCUAGCCGUUUAAUACUAUAACGGAUAUGUGUUAACCCGACAGCCGUAAUCGAACAGAAAAUGUUGUUUAUUGUAUCAAAUUAUACACCCUGCAUUGCACCGCUGUGGUGAGAAUUAUUUGCAAAAAAAAAUGUCGAUAAGUAAAAAAAAAACUCCCGUAUUUGUAUCUUCUUUGAUGUAUUAUAUACAUUGGAAUUUACAUCAAAUUUUACUGUAAACAGGUACGUUAAAUAAAUUAUGGAAAUAAAUUAUA